AUGCCGAUGCGGAAAAUCGUGAUGUUGGGCGCCAACGCGCGUACGCAAAGAUCAGCGUCUUCGAUUCAGGUUAGUGGGUUCUAGAUGUUUUAAUCUUUUAAAAGUUGACUUCAUCCAUAGUCUCUGAAUCUUCAAAAGUACGUUAUACGUUAUCAAUAUCGUAAUCCCUAACACUUUUUUCUGCAGUUUCAUCUAGUCACUUCUCAGGGAACUCGUUAUUAAUCUAGCUAGCAAAUUCGCGUUUAUAACCGGCCCUAAUUAGAUUGGUAAUUUACUUUUAUCUAAAGAAGAUGAACUAUGAAUUUAAUUAGAUGAAUUGUGAAUCUAAUAUCAGUUCUUUGUCAAUCUAAUCAGACAAAUUUUGUUUUGUCAAUCUAAUUAGAAAAUGUAUCCGUUUAUUUAGAAGAAUUUGCAAUCUAAUCCCAGUAAAUUAGCAAUAACUAUUUCCCAGAGUUCAGUUUUUCUCUUCAUUUCUUUCUUCGGCUGUUUAUACAUUUCCACCGCUCGCUUAAAAGUGUGCUCGUUUAUCACUCAACGCCUUUACCCGCUACAACUCCCGCAAGUCUAGCACACCAAACCAAUCCGACUCGCUCUUUUCUUUUUUUGGCGUUUUCUUCUUCUUCUCUUUUUGUUCAACUCGGCUCCAAUUGGGUUGUACUUUACGAGCGCGUGUCCACAUGUUCACAGUCGUAAAAAGUCAAAAUGGAAUUGAGGAGAAAUUCUGGAGGAGAAUUUCAAGAAAAUGUUGAUGACAUCGUCGAGCACGUCAUCAACAAUAUAAAUUUCGGCUAAAUUCGGUCACACUCUGAUUUUUGACACUUGACUUCUCCGGAAAACAUAUAAAUAAACAGAAAGAAUUCUGCUCAAAGAGGAAGAGAUUACUAGGAAUAAACUUCUGAAAAAUGCUUUCAGCUGCCCGCCGAAUACUCUCCGUCGGCCUCUUCCGCCCCGUACUUCAACUACUUGACCAGCGAUUUAUUCUCGAUUUGAGAAGCUGUGCGCCUGAAAAUGGGCAGUCGAACGGAGGUGGCGAGGGGAAAAAACAAGUCGGUGAUUGCCAUUCGUUCUGAAAAACAAUAGGGUUUCUAGCUCAAAGAUCUGCUGCACGAGCGCUGGGAAAACGCGAAACAGUACAAUGCGUUCAACUAUUCGCUGAAUUGCAUGUACAGAUGUCUGGACGGAAAGUACGACUUAUCCAUGCAGGUUCUUUUCUAUGUCGCAACCGGUAAACCAGCAGAAUAUUCUAGCUGAACAUGGAACGAGGCGAGUUGCGACGGAAGCCGAUGCACUUCAAAAACAUCAGAGAGCCAUUCAACAACUUGAGAUUUAAUUUUACGAAAUUGCAUGACAAGGAGGUUUUAAGAAAGGAGAAAAGAAAGCGCGCUCUAAUGAGAGUCUUUUUUUUUCAGAUUCUGUUCUACUUGAAAUGCGACGACAAACCGAUUAGUAAUGAUCCGUUGGAUCGGCACCUCGUGGCUGUGAACGCGUCGCCAUUGGAGCGAGAUCACUCUCUGAUCAUUCCGUCAGUGAACAAGUGCAGUCCACAGGUGCUCACCCUGCAAGCCGUCCGAAUCGCCGUCGAUCUGAUGCUUCUCGUGGACGACGAAAUGUUCCACAUUCUCUUCAACAGCCUCCUCGGCCAGGCGUCCGUCAACCACCUCCAUCUGCACGCGAUGUACUGGCCCUACGACUCGGAUCUCAUCAACAGAGUCCGUCAUUAUUCUGCGCUCUCAUUUACCCCCCGUGUUUCCAGAAAUGUGAACCGUUGCACGAUGUGCCGGACGUGUUUGUCAUCCGUCCUCCUAACUGGAUUUGCCCUGCGAUCGUUUUUCAGUUGGCCAGAAUUGAGGACUACGAGCGCUUCAAAAUGUCAGACAGCACUUAGAGAACCGUAGCAAACUGAUUGUUUUGUAUUCAGGAACAUCUUCAAAUGCGUUGAUCAUCUCACCGAAGUCAACCAAGCCCAUAAUUUGUUCCUCACUCGAGCUCAACCAAUCAGGUUCGACAACUGGAAACUCUACUCCAAUUUUAAUUAACGUUUCCAGAACAUUUGGCACCGAGAAAGAAGAAGAUCGUCGCGGAGAGCGGCCGCAACUUGUGACGUGCUACGUGUUCCCGAGGAUGAACAUGAUCGGAGCCAAGCCGCCGUCGAAUUUCAAUCCAGCCGCUAACGAACUCGCCGGAAACCUAACAUCCUACAGUAAUUGCUGGAUACCGUACCACUUUUACGUGUUCAUUUCAGCAAUUCGGUUCUUCGAAUCGGCCAACGAGCAGGCGGUCAUUCGAAUUAUCGAAGAGGAGGCGUCGUUGGAUGAUGACACUUUUCAGAGUGUUAGUUGAUUAGGAAGGAAGUGAAUCUGCAUGAUAACGUGCUCUUUUUCAGUUGUGCUUCGACCUCGCCGACGUGCUAAUCGGAAGAUGUGUGGGCACUUCGAGGCCUGUCGAUUUGGAUACCUUGGAAGUACAAAAGGGGGGCGUUCUCUGUAAUUGACUUCACUUUUUCAGGGUCUGACGUCUCCCGAAAUCGACGAACUCCGCGACUCGUUCCAAUCGUUCAUGCCUCGUUCUCCGUCCAUCCGACAUCGAAGUUCAACGCGCACUCAAUCUGACGAUGGCGUGCCAGAAUGA